CAGCCUCAUUCCGGUCCCUCACUCCACACCGUGCUAAUCUCCUCCUCGCCUCGCCAUACUUUGCCACCCCACCAUCAGCGUAUCUGUGCCUGCGGUGGCUCUUUGGUGCUGGGGGCACGAUGCCAACCCUGGAACCCAACGUCCGCUCCCUGAUCUCUCCGCUGGGGAUUGUCCGCUUACUGGAGAUCAUCCUCUCCUGCAUAACCUUCAGCCUCGUGGCAGCCUCCCACACCUACUAUGGCUCAUACGGGGCCUGGUCCAUGUUCACAUGGUGCUUCUGCUUCAGCAUCUCCAUCCUGGUGGUGGUUGUGGAGCUUGUCGGUUUAACCGAGUCUGUGCCUCUCUCCUGGCCAGACUUUACAUCUGCCUUCUCCAUGUUGGCUGCUCUCAUGAUCUUCACCUCCUCCAUCAUCUACCCGUCAAUCUAUAUUCCCGUCUGUUCCAGCUGCAGCUACCAGGCUGCAGCUACGGCCAUGUCCUGCUUCUGUUUCAUCGCCUACGCUGUCGAAGUGGGAUUGACGCGAGCCAAAGAAGGAGAGGUCAGCAGCUUCCUUGCAACUGUUCCUGGCCUCCUGAAGGUGUUUGAGGCCUACGUGGCUUGUCUCAUCUUUUCCUUGGUGACCGACAGCGCAUACUAUAGAUUCUUCCCUGGCCUGCAGUGGUGCCUGGCUGUCUAUUGUAUCUGCUUCAUCGUCACAUUGCUCAUCAUCAUCCUCACAGUCGGACGUUGCCUCGCCUCCCUGCCCUUCCCCUUGGAGAAGGUCCUUGUGGGCUUCAACAUCUUGGCUGUCCUCAUGUACCUGACGGCUGCUGUCAUAUGGCCCCUAUAUAGCUUUAGAAACUUUCCAAGGCCUUCUUCGUGUGAGUCCUCAAAAUGCGCCGCGUGGAACAACCGCCUAGGACUGACCUUCCUGACUUACUUCAACCUCAUUGCCUACAUUGUGGAUCUUGUGUACUCCUCCAAAAUGGUGUUUGUGACCACGCCGGCUUAGUGGGUUCACUCAGACCGAACUCAACCUCCCUAGAAUAAAGUUUAUGACUAGAUACCAAGACCAUCAGCAGCAUGCCUCUGGCGGGGUGCUGGUUUUCGAGCUAUUAUCAAUGCUUUUAAUCAUUGUUAUUGGUUGCCUUUGGGAAACAUUUCAUCCACUGUUCUUUAGUUUUAGAAUUGUACUUUGUGGCUGGAUCCUUUCUUCCUAAAAGCAUAGCACCCCUUCCUUCCUUCAGGUUUCCAUGAAUUAUUUGCAACUCAUGAAAAUGCUACUGUAAGUUGAUAUUUGUAGUUUGCAUUCCCUCCAGUUGUCCCUGUUUGACAGAGUUUAAUCCUCUGAUUAAUCCUCUGCUGUCCCACUUUUUCAGCUGCUUUUAAAAUGUCCCCGUUUCUCUCUCCUCCUUCCUUUCCUCCCUUUCUUUGUUAAUUCAUUUCCUGCAAGCUCAGUUUGAAGUGCAAAAGCGGUUCUCCCUGAACUCAGAAAGGAGAAAAGAGAGGAGGAGUGGAGUCUUCCCUUUCCUAGUAGGCUCAGGCAAAAGCAAACUGCUGCAGCCUCUCCUAGCUUGUGUUUUCUUUUUCAUUAAUAACUUCUGCCAUUUUCAUCCCAUUCUGGUUUUGUUUGGCUUUCAUUUUCCUCUGUGAAAUAUUAGAGGAUGUGACUUGGGCCCAGGAAAGAGGAAGAUCCCAGAAACACCCCAGCUGCCCAGUGUUUCUAUGUGGCCUAAAAAAAGAAAUGUGCAGCUCUUUGGAGAAAAGGACAUGAGAGAGGUAUUGUUGGAAAGGGAAAGAGGAUGUCAGGAUGGAGAAUGGAGAAACAAGAGCUGAACUUGGGACUUCGGCAGGGAGAACUUAUAUUCCUAACCUUUGUUCUCAGGUGGGGAUGCAGAUAACCACUUUCCAGUCCCUUUGCCUGAUAUGCUUGCACUUGCUAUGGAAUUAAUCAGAGCAUUGAAAACAACUUUUUCUUUCGAACCACAUUUCCCGUAACCUCCAGUCAAUGUAAACACUGAAAGUCUGAGCAAAGAAAGAAAAAAAGAAGCUCUGGGUAGAAUUCUUUAUGUGGUUUUGCAGGGUUAUACAGUGACACCCCACAGCUGCCCAAAAGUCCCUGAAAUUCUUUGCACUUGGUGGCAGUUUGGGCAUUGGUACUGUUCUGCUCAGGAAUAAGAAAGACAGUACACUUGUCCCUCUAUAUUCGCUAGGGUUAGGGGCACAAGACCCCCGUGAAUAUGGAAAAACUGCAAAUAACAAAAACACCAUGUUUUUACCUGAGAGGACACCUCUCUGGGAAUC